AUGGACAAUAGCCACUACAAUGCUGGCAAAGGCCAGACCAACGUCCCGCCUCUACAAAGCGUGACUACUCAUGGUCAUCUGACCUACGUUAACUCUCAUAGCCAGCCCACUCCCGUCGACAAGAUCGACAUUCAGGGCACCAUUGACAAAGGCUUCUUCCUGUCCGAGGGAGAAUGGACCUGCUACCGACGAAACUACUUUUCGUGUAUUUGCUCCUUCAGCCUCGACCCCCCCAACUUGCACAACCUUCCAAUUCGAUACACACAGACUGCUUCCGGCGUAACAUACGAUGUAUUUGAUUUCGCCAUGACCAUUACGGCUGUGGUGUCUGAGAGCGACGCACACACGAUUGAUCUGGUCCAGCACACACCAAAGCGUGACAAGGGACCUACUUCGCAGCCUGAAAGGGUCAAGUUGUCGCCAAAACACAUUGUGCCCAGCAGCCACCCGCUUGGAGCGGGUAUGUAUGCGUAUAACCGUCUCGCUGGCGGUGGCGCAAUGGGCGCUGGGUAUGGAGACUACUCACAAGCCCAGGGCGCACAUCCAACCGAACAUACAUUUGAGCGCAUACAGUUCAAACAAGCGACUGCCAACAAUGGCAAACGGCGAGCAGCACAGCAAUACUACCAUCUCGUGAUUGAACUCCAUGCCAACGUUGGUGAGAUGGGAAGAGGAGUUGCCGACCAGUGGCUGAGGGUCGCCCACCGAAAAUCCGCCAAAAUGAUCGUCCGUGGACGUUCACCAGGCCAUUAUCAAUCGGAGCGGCGAGGAAGUGCUAGCAGCGGCCCUGGUGGCUCCAGUGGCACGCUUGGGAGCUAUUCAGGACAGGUCCCCGACUACAACGGCGGGUCAUCGAUUCUGACUCCAAGUUACGGGAAUCAGACGUAUGAGACUCGACCAACACACCACUACGGCACCAACCACCGCCACCAUGAAAUGCAAAUAGACCAGAUCAUGUCGGCAGAUCAAUGCAAGUCCAUUGACAACACCAAAGGAUAUCAAUACUACCCUGGUGCCAUCUACGAAGGCCACGAUCAUAGAGACGGCGGCGGCAUUCCCUGCUUCCCGCGCAAUGACCAGGAUACAAUGAUACCUUCUCUCAGCAGAAAUUCAGACUUGUCAAUAUCGAGGCUGAAGCACGAGAACGAAGGGCAACUGCCGAGUCUGUGCAUUCCAGGACCUAACUAUCUUGGCCCAGGUUGUAACCGAUAUGACGGCAAAUCAACCUCUGCAGGCUAUUACCCCAUUUCUCAAACAUCCUAA